AUGCCCUGGUCUGAUAUCAAGCUAAAUGAUGGUCGAAAGAUCCCCGGUAUCUCAUUUGGGACCUCCAGACAUUCAGGAGAUACCACUGCCACGGUCGAUGCAGCCAUUUAUGCUGGAUUCGAUAGCAUUGAUACCGCACAGAUGUACAAAUCUGAAGGAGCGGUUGGAAAAGCUAUUAAACAAGUUGAUAUUUCUCGAGAUGAGUUGUGGAUAACCACAAAGUGGUCUGGCGUGAAGACAGCUCAAGAGUCAAUUGAUGACAGCUUGGAAAGCUUAGGCGUGGAUUAUGUGGAUCUCUAUCUGAUUCACUUCCCUGGUGUGGCCAAAGGUGACAUACCAGGCGCCUGGAAGCAUUUGGAAGAGUUUAAGAAAUUAGGGUAUGCGAAAAGUAUCGGUGUGUCCAACUUUGAGAUCUCACACCUCAAUGAGCUCUUCGCACAUGCCCACUUCAAGCCUUCUGUCAAUCAAAUACCCUUCCACCCCGACAUCUUAGCCAAACAGGAGCCUUUGGUUAAAUUCCUGCAGGAUCACAACAUCGCUGUAGAAGGGUAUUCCCCACUUGCUCCACUAUGGCAGGACAGCAAAAGCCCUGUUUUAAAAGUGGUCAAAGACAUCGCAGGUAAAAGAAACGUGCCGGAGGAAAGAGUUUUAUUAGCUUGGACCAGAGCUAAAGGUGUCAUUCCAGUAACCGCGUCAUCUACCAAAUCUAGAAUAGAAAGCUUUAUAGCUGCAGGCGAUUUAGCGCUUUCCUCGGAUGAAAUCCAGUCAAUCGAUAAAGCUGGUUACAAAUCUUAUAGAAACGCUCAAAUUAGAACCAAAGUAGUCAUGGCUGCCAAGUGGCUUACAGCAGCUGCGCUUGUGAGCUACAUUGCUCUGCACAGAACGACUUAG